UUCCCGGCUCCCGGACCGGCCCCGCGGGCUAGUGGCCUCUACCCACCCUGUCCGGCUUCUCCCGCCUCCGUUUUUUAGGGGAAGAAGGGUCUGCUGUUGUAGGGAGGGAACAGAGAAAAGGAAAUCUUACUCUAGAUUAGACAUCAGCUAGAACUUUCCCAUUGUGACGGGAAGGUGGUGUCUCCUCGACCUCAGUUCGUUGUGGCCAGCCUGCCCAGAGGGUGAUGGAGCUGAUGACUUCCAUCAGGGACCGCUGGGUGUGAAGCUCUGGUGUGAUAACACCUCUGGCUGGGGCUGCCAGAGUGAGAAUGAGGGCGAGCAAACUGUUGCUGGGGUGCUGUGGAGGUGGUAACAAGGCAGGUUGGAGCCAGUCAUCCUGAAUUGGGAAGCUGGGUAAUUUCCUGGAUUCCUAGAGGCACUGUUCCCCGUGAAGACCACCUCUAGAUCCGUCAGAUUGGUUGCCACUCCACUUUUUUUUCAGGACACAAUUUCCUCCCACAUUUCCAUAUUUAAACCUCCCUUGACCACAGAAGAAUUAGGUAGUAAGGAUAACAACAAUGACUACCAUUUAUUGAGGACUAACUACAUAAUGGUCCCUCUGCAAAACGCUUUACUUCAGGCCGUUUACACUGCACACUAACCCUGCAAGCUCCGUAAUUCCUGCUCUUCACAACAUCCAUCAUGAUGUGACUGCAAGUGGGCUACAGAGCCAGGGCCCAAAGACCUCCUACUUUCAGCACCAGAUGGUCAACAGGGAUGUCAACAGUUUCCUUGGGCUCCAGAACAGCCUUCUGACCAUACCCAAAUCCUAAGGAUCUCCUCUCCCUGAAUCUCUCACCAGCUAUUCCUGGCAUCAUCACACCUCCUCCAUCCUCAGACUGUCCCAGAACCUGGUAAGAAGGUCACCACCUCUGUUCAUCCCCAAGGCAGCACAGAGUGAAAGGGAAAAGCAGGCAUGCAGUGGGAAGAAGCAGUCUUGUGGGAUAUUCUUCUCUGCUGAGAACUGUUCAGGGGCUGGUCCUGCCAGGAGUGUGCGAGGCCUCGGCUAGGGGUGGGAACUGGGCAUCCUUAAGAGAAGUCCCUUUGUCCUGGGCCACAUGCAAUGGCUCAGAGUCCAGAACUGGGCUUCUUCCCCUUACCUCUCCCCUCCCCAUUACUCCAACCCGAAACUCCUCUUUAAUUAGGAGGAAUAGCCUUCAAUUAAGAGACAAAUUCACACACCAACCACCACUUCCCUCUCUCAUUUGUCUAAUACUUUCACAUUCAGAUCACCUGUAAUGAAUUAUACACUAUACAAUGGCAAUUACAUUGCGGUUUUUAUGGUGAUGAAGAAACUGGGUCUCGAGUUCCCAAGUUGAGGUCACCCUCAGGCCUACCAAAGCCCUCCUGCCUUCUGGGCUCCUACCCUCGUACCUCUCCUGGUCCUUCCUGCCCCAGAGGACACCACUCCUGAAGCAGAGAUCGUUUGUUAUUUCCUCCUGGAUUUUUAACAUUUAAACACCGAAGGGAUAACAUAUCUAUUCAGAAGAACAUUGUCAAAUAGGAUUUUGUGCAACGUAGGAAUGUUCUGUAUCUUUUCUGCCCAAUGCAGUAGUCCCUAGCUACAUGUGGCAACUGAGCACUUUAAAUAUCAUGAGUAUAAAUGAGAAACUUAAUUAUAUUUAGAUUUAAAUAAUCACAUACGACUAAUGGUUGCAAGUUCGGAAAUCUUCAAGGCCCAAAGUCUCUGAGUGUCUGAGCUGUCCUCACACUCAGCACCCACACCCCAAGCCCUAAGACGUCCAGAGUUUUGAGGGACUUCUCCGAAUUACCCCAGCCUACACCAGGGACCGCAUUGCGGGACUGGCUUCUCUUCCCCUCUUCCCUGGUCUUGCCUCGACCGCCAGGGGUCGCUGUGCCCACCGGGCGGGCGGAGCGCUGUCCGGGAGGCGGAGGCGACAACCGCUCUGGGCUGGGGAAGCGAAAGCGGCCCCGGGCGAGGAGGAGGCGGCGCGGCGGCCGCGUACUUCCCCAGCCUGCGGGCGGGAGCCUCGGAGGGACCCCGGCUGAGCUCUGCAGAGCUGGCCAGGGGGGCCCGGAGCUCCCCGGUGCCCGGAACGGGCCCCGCCUGACCGUGAUGCCACUUUGACCAGAGCCCCACCGCUUCAGGGACACGGCAACUUGGUGAAGGGAACAGAGCUCCGGACUAGACAGCACUGGAGCUGGCCUUCAGUCCCCCUUUCGGGUCUCCAUCCUGGGCUCAGAGGUGAAGAGAACCUCAGGCCGGUAGAACCAGCUGGCACCGCCUGGGGCAGGCUUACCACCCUACGUGUUCCCAGAGUCCGCAAGGCCCUCGGCAAAUUCCCAAGGCAGAGGAGGUAGAGUCUGAAGCCGGUGGAUGAACAGACAGAAGUUAAAGGAUUCCAAAAAAGGAUGCGUGAGAGGGGCACGCAGACCUGGAACACGGGCGGCUGGCUGCUGGCACUUUGCCUGGCCUGGCUGUGGACCCGCCUGGCCUCAGCUUCCUUGCAGCCUCCAACUCCCACAGUCCCUGUGAAGCAGGGCACCUGCGAGGUGAUCGCCACCCACCGCUGCUGUAACCGGAACCACAUCGAGGAGCGCUCCCAGACCGUUAAAUGCUCUUGCUUUUCCGGCCAGGUGGCGGGCACCACCCGGGGAAAGCCCUCCUGUGUGGAUGCCUCCAUAGUCCUGCAGAAGUGGUGGUGUCACAUGGAGCCCUGCCUGCCAGGGGAGGAGUGUAAAGUGCUCCCGGACCUGUCAGGGUGGAGUUGCAGCAGUGGACACAAAGUCAGAACCACCAAGGUGACACGAUAGCUCUUGGGGUCAUGACCCGACAGCUUGAUUGAGCCUCGGACGAGAGAAGGGUGUCCACUUAUCAGCCAGCAAAUAUUGGGAUUUGCUUACCUGGGCCCAUACCUGGGCCCAGUACACGGGACUCUUUCCGGGACAUUGCAGUCAAACUUCAGAGUAGAUCCAGACCUCAUAUCUUCAGGCCCAUCUCCAGUCACAUACCUGUGAUGCUGGGCUCUCCUGGGAGACAAAAGGUCAAGAUACAGUCCCUACCCCUAAGGAAUGUUCAAUCAAGUUGGAGAGCUGACGAAAGGCAUUCUCGAUAAUUUAGACUAAAGUAUGUGGUAGCAGACUGUGGUUUCUGGACCAUAUGCUGUGAGCAUGUUGGGUUUGGGGAGGGGACUCCCAACAGCUUGUUGGCCACCCUCUAGCCACAGGGCACAAAGACAAGAGGUCGUAUUCACCACCCACUACUUCCCUACUUCAUGUCCCUCUGAAUCCCCAGCAAGUGCUGACCUACUAAAGGAAAACUCUCCCCUGAUGCCUGAUUAGCUCUAUCUCAUUUGAAUGGGACUGAAUUGACUUGAGAAGGGAAAGCUGAGAUGAAGCCAAACAACUUUCCCAAAAAGCUUCUGCAGGGGCCUUGCCUGCUUUGGGCAUGCUGGGUAUGGGCUGGAUAGGACUGUAAAACCACCCCCACCCAGGUACCCCAAGUUUUUGUUUGUUUGCUCAUUCUAACAGAUGACAAAACUGAGUCCCACAGAGGUGAGAUGACUGGCCCAAGGUCUCACUGCUUGGGCUCCUAAAUCUCUAAGACUGCUAACCUUUCACUUAGCCUGGAUAUUAGGAUUGCAGCCUGGGUCUUCCAUGCUGUUUUUAGCUCAAGAACAGGAAUCAGCAAAGAACUGGCCAGAUAGCAAAAUGAUUCUGAGCAAGAACUUUUACGAAGGUGACUCUUCUCUGAAAUAAUCCAGAACAUCUGCCCACCAGGAUGUGGGGCCACUCGAUCUCCACUCUGCCCUCAGCCCCAAAACCUCCAAACAGACCCCUGACAGUCCAGUUACAGGUGGGCACUCUGAGCUGGCAGCCUCAUUGUCCUCUCGAACCUGUCUCUUCCAGAGUCCUUAGGAGUCUGCACCUCUCAGAGGCUCUGGCUCCAAGAGAGGGUCUAGGUAGCGUCCAGGGCUGGCUGGUCAGAGUCCUCUUCCUUCUAAGGCCCUUCUGGGCAGUAGGGGAGCCCCUGGUGGGCUGGAUAAAGACUCUAUCCAGGCCUGAGGGUCAGCCAAUGAGGUUGGCACCCUAGAUACUUUGGAGAUGACAGAUACACAGGCCUCAGAGAUGCAAAUUACUUGGAUGUCUCAUCAGUAAGAAAAUCACAGACAGCCUCAGUGACUACUGGCAUCAGCUGGGAUCGGCUGGGAUCACCAGGACUGUGGGAUGUGAUGGGCCUUGAGGGGAAGGUCAGUAGAGACCAGCUGGGACAGUGCUGAUUCUGACUCUCAGAAAAGACAAAUCAGGGUUGGGGGUUAGUCUCAGCCCUUCCUGCUACUCUCUCUCCCUCCCUCCCCAUGUCGGAAAAUCAAGAACAUUCACCCCACUCAGGGGUUUAUCUUCUUGUUUUUGCCUUUUCAUUGCUUUUGGUAAUGGGAUGAACAAUGAUGCUGGCUUCAGGCUAGACUGUUACUGUCAGAAUUCUGACAACUUUGAAUCUCUCUGCACACAGUGGGGUCAUAAGUGUGGGGUAGUCAAAGAGUAGGUCAAAGGUGGUCAUUGCUUCCUUCAAGGUUUUGGAAUGAAUUAAGGGAUUGGCCUACUUUCUCGAAAGAAUAGUAAAUAUUCACAAGCCACAGACAGUCUCUGUGGCAUAUUCA